AUGAAUACAAUUUAAUUAGAGUAACUUAUUAAUUACUCUUUCCAAUAUGAUGAACUCGAGAGAUUAUUAAAAACCUCGAUCGAUGGAUUUGCAAGUAACAUUUAGAAAACCCUUGACGGAAUUUAUAAUAAUUACUCCUUAUAUGAUAAAAUAAAUGUCGAUGAGUAUUUGUUGCCUUAAAUGGGUAUAUUUAUAAAUUUUAAUCAUUUUUCAGGAGAUGAAUUAUUUAAAAAAGGGGAUUUUAUAAGAGCCUUAGAUAUUUAUGAUUAGGCCCUCUAAAUUAAUCCAGAUAACUUUAAAGCAAAUUUGGGAAAGGGUAUUUCUUAUUAAUAAUUUAGCCAACUCCUUAAGGGCAACUCAAAAAUAUUUGGAAGCAGAGAAGUUUUACAUAAAAGCAAAAUCAUAAAAACAAAAUGAUUCAGUCCUUUUAUUUGGUUUUGGUAAAUAAAUAAAAUAUUCAAGGCGAAUGUUUAAGAUAGCAGAUGAAAAUUGAUAAAGCAAUAAUUGAAUAUGAUUUAGCAGUAUAAAUUGACGAAAACUAUGAUGAAGCUGCAUUUUAUUUAGGUUAAAAUAAAUAAUAUCAUAAGGGGUCUGUCACAUAUACUUAGGAAUAUGGAGAGUAUAAUUUAAAGGGGAAGAUGGAGGUACAAUAAAAAAUGAACUUUUUUCAUAUUUUAAACGAAUAUCUACAUUAGGCUAUGAUGGUACUUAUAAAACUUUAUCAAAUGGUAAACCCUCUAAAUAAUUUAGCUUUGUUUCUAAGUCUAGACGGUUACUUUUAGGAAGCUAUUAAAAUGAUUGAAUAGGUCUUAAAAACUUCACCAUAAAAUUAUGAAGCCCUUUUGUUAAUAAGUUUGCUUAUAAUAGUAAUUUAGGUUUCUUGUUAUUUGGUAAUGAGAAUUAUAAUUUAUCUCUGGAAUUCCUUGAAAAGAUAGAAACCUAGGAUUUAUUAAUAUUAUUUUUGAAGAGUAAAAUAUUUCAAUUAAUUUAGGUUUAUGCUUACUUUGUAUAGAUUUAUAAAAUAGUUCGAUCAAAUUGUUAGAUAAGAUUCUAGAUUCAACACCUGGAAAUUAAUAUGCCUAAAUGUUUAAGGGUAAGUUUAUAUAAUAAUUAGGCGUUUGCUUACUGAAAAUUAAAUAACCAAAGGAAGCUUUAGCAAUAUUUAAUACUAUUUUAGAAGCUUACCCCCAAAACGAAGACGCUAAGAGUUACAAAGGUAAAAAUAAAUCAUAAUUUUAAGAUUAAUGCCUAAAAGAAAUUGGAGAUGAAAAUGAAACAAAUUAAGAUUAAGAGUAAAUAAAUUUACAUAUAAUAGAUUAUAGAUUUGA